GUUAUUUAUUUUCACACUGUUUUCAGGUUAACUUUGUUGUUUGGCACAAUUUUUACUUAAUUACAAUGGGAAAACGUCGAACGCAGUCUCUGAUCGACUCAAAUUCGAGUGAUAGUGAUAGCGACGCGGAUACCAAUUUGGAAUCGGAUUUAUUGUCGUUGGCCAGGAAGCGGAAGAAGCCAAGCAAUGUAACAAAAGCAGCAAACUCAAAGUCCGACUCCGACUCGGACUGGGCAAACAACAAAUCUGGCGCGCCAGCAACAAAGAAGAAGCGCCAGAAGAAAGCAAGCAGAGACUCGAGCUCCUCGGAGGAGAAUUGGGAUGAGGAUAGCCAAGAUGAGGCGCCUGCACCCGCUGAGAAUCGCCCUGAAGCCGAAACGAAAAAGCCAGACAAUCUCAGUGAGCAGGAAGAGGGUGAGGUAUCAGACAGUGACUCUGACAAUGACAAAUCCAAAUCGAAGUCGGGCUCAUCAUCUGGCUCUGGUUCUGGCUCGGAUUCGUCCAGUUCGUCAUCAUCAAGCUCCGAUUCGGAGUUUGACGAUGGCUACGAUGACGAUUUGAUGGGUGACGAGGAGGAUCGCAAGAGGCUCAAUGGCUUGUCCGAAAAGGAGCGUGAAACUGAGAUCUUUAAGCGUAUCGAACAACGCGACAUUAUGCGAACCCGGUGGGAAAUUGAGCGAAAGCUUAAACUCGCCCGUCGUGGCGAAAAGAACGAAAAGUCCAAGACAAAGGGAGACCGUGCCAAAAAGAAAUCGAAGAAAGAGAAGCGCAGUAAGAAAAUUAAAGACAUGGCACCACCCGUGCCGGUUUCAACCACAGCUGACCUUGAUGCCAGCAAGAGCAGUGCAAUCGAAGCCCGGGCUUCGGCCAAGAGUCCCUCGCCCAUGCCCACAAACCGGGAGGGACCAUCAACCUCAGCCACAGGCUCAGGUGCCACAAGCAGCAGCGCAGAGAAAAGUUCCGAGGAGCAAAGCGCCAGCGGAGUAUCUGAUUACUUCGAUCACAAAGAGCGCUCCAAGGAGCGCAAGAAGAACGUUGAGGCCAACAAAACCGACGACAAGCGAAGCAAUGCAAUGGCCAUGCUCAAGGCCAAGCGAGAAGGAAAAGCCAAAAGAGAAGAGGAAGAAGCUAAACGACAAGCGGAACGCGACCGUGAUGAUGAUAAAGAGGAAUUGGAAAGCGUAUCUGGCUGCAAAUCGGCUGUGAAGCUGAAAGCAUCCGAAAUUUACUCUGACGACUCGGGCAGCAGCGACUGGGAUGACGAUGAGAAGCCAGCGGGAAAACGAUCACGUUCCAACAGCAGCAAGGCCUCCAGCGAGUCGGAGGAUGACGAGAAAGCCACAAAGAGCCCAGUGUUUAUAACUAACCGCGAGGAUCUCAACAAGUUGAGGCUGUCCCGCUUCAAAAUGGAGCGCUUUGUCAAUCUUCCCAUAUUCGAGAGCACAGUCGUCAAUUGCUUUGUGCGCAUCAGCAUUGGCAACAAUGGCCAGAAGCCCGUUUAUCGUGUGGCCGAGAUCGUUGGCGUUGUGGAGACUGGCAAGAUUUACUCAUUGGGCACGACACGUACCAAUCGAGGACUCCGUCUGAAGCACGGCACACAGGAGCGCGUCUUUCGGCUGGAGUUCAUAUCGAAUCAGGAAUUUACUGAAACCGAGUUUAACAAAUGGUACGAGAUCUGCCAGCAGCAACAUGUACCGAUGCCGACAAUAGAUCUGAUCGACAUUAAACAUAAUGACAUUAAGAAGGCUCUAAACUAUGAGUUUAAGGAUGAGGAUGUUGACAAGAUUGUGGAGGAGAAGAAUCGCUUCCGCAAUCGUCCCACCAACUAUGCCAUGAAGAAGACCUGCCUCAUGAAGGAACGGGACGCGGCCAUGUUGCGUGGCGACUACGAUAUUGCCAAUGAUCUGGGCCAACAAAUCGAUCAGCUCGAAAGUCGCGCCUCCGAACUGGAUAAGAGACGCUCGCAUAGUCUCAAUUUAAUUUCCUACAUUAACGAUCGCAACCGCAAGCGAAAUGUAGAGGAUGCCGAGAAGGCCAUUAUGGAGGAGGCACGUGCCAACAAAGGCCUGAAGAUAUCGGAUCCAUUUACGAGGCGCAUCACACAGCCCCGCAUGGGCUUCAAGGGUGGAAAGAAGGACGAGGACGACGUGUUGCCAGCACCUUUGCCGCCACCACCGCCAGGCAAAAAGAAGAAUGAGACGAGCACUUCCAAUGCUAAACCAACGGACAGCAAGGACUACAGUUUGUACUCACUGCAUGACUUUGACAUUGAUCUGGAUGUACCACUGCCAGUAAACAGUGCCAAUGCGCUUCCCAAGCCGGCAAACAAACCAACCGAGACGGUGUCCAAGCGUUCGCUGAACCUGGAAGACUACAAAAAGAAGCGCGGCCUCAUCUAGCUGUGUUGCAUGCUUCAAUUAAUGGCGUUCUUUAUAUUUACGUAGGUUAGUGUUGGUGUUGCGAGUAAUUAAACGUAAACGAUUUGAUGUGACGAUUGAGGAUUUAAGAGAAGGAGAAAUGAUUGUUAGCUCUCCAUUUUUAGCAGUACGCAAAUGAAUCACCUAUAGACAUAGUUUACAAAUUGUAUUAUGUUUACGAAUAUAUCGCUUUGUACUAAUAGAAGACCGUAUACGUUCAUUCUCAUUCAGUGAUUGACCAGAUUAUUUUUAAUCUAUUGUCGGAGAUCUCUCGAGACUCCUGAUUACGAACCGGAUAUGCACAAUUUGCAUACCGUUAAUUUGCUUUGUGUGUCGGAUAUGUCUGUGUGUGCGUGUGCAUCUGUGUGACUCAUUUUAAUUUAUGAACAAUUUAUUAGCUGAAUUUUACAAAUUUUACAAGCAAAAACAAAACUCAUUUAAAUCCACAUUAUACCUAUUAUUGUAAUUAUAAAUAGUCUAAGGGUCACAAAUCCUUUGUAAUUUUGUUUAGCGUUAAGUUACAAAUUGUAUUAGUUGCUGUAUACUCUAUCUAUUUAUCCCAAAAUAAACCUUUACUUAAGGCAUAUGCGUACAUGCGAUAUAAAUAUAUACUAUACAUACUUACAUGCGUAUAUUGUACUUCUAUCAAACGUUGAUUCUCCCCACAAACCUAAUUAAAUACAUGAUACAAAAUACAUUAAUUAUAAUGCGUCGGUUGUAAUCAUUGAACGCUGUAUUAAAUUUAAAUAAAUACAAUUUAAAAGUA